AUGAAUGAUCCCGGUGUAAGACUAUCCAGGGCAUGCCAAGCUUGUCGUACGGCCAAAGUCCGAUGUCGGGAGACGGAAAUCGAAGGGGAGUCUCUCUGCUUGAGAUGCAAGGAAGCGGGCUUGCACUGCAACAGAGUUCCAACCAGGAGAGGCCGAAUGAAAGGAAGCAAGAAUCGAAAAACCCUUGAGAGACUUCAAGGCGUUAGGCGUGACCCAGAUGAAUCGCAGCUGCAUCGCGGGCAAUCGAUGACGCCCACCCGACGCACCCCUAAUCCUACCUCGUCCACAUCAGAUGCUGGAGUUCGAGAACGCAACAAUAGAUCACUUAGUCCUCUGGAUCUGAUAUGGACUCGGUCACAAAGCCCGAGCUCUUCCACAAAUCCCCAUCGAUCUCACCUUCCGCCUAUGCCGUCAUCUCGCCAUCAGCCCAACUCAGCAUCCAACGCUACGUCUUCGUCCCGCCGUCCCGCACUUGACGAGCUUCAACAGUCCUUCCCGACGUCUCGGUCCGAUCAGAUAGCUAUCCCGACUCAUAUAGCCAGUCCUGGUGCCAUUGAAGGGGACCUGCAAAACCCUUUGCUUUGGUUAGCAGAAUGCGCCCGUCAAGGGUGGGAUUCUCAAAGUGUCUCAGCUCCAUUGGGGUUUCCCCCUCCAAGAGCAGUCUUGCCAAGCGAAGACCUGAGAUUAUGGAAUCAGUGGGGAAACAAGGAGCUUUUCAGAGCAUUGCACGAUCAACAGACGUUCUUUCAACAUGGGCUGUAUGGGACUAAAAGAGAUAUCAGUCAGGGACUGGAUCCUGUACAAAAGGGAAUGAUUGGAGAGGAUGAGGUCUCAGAGCUGUUUGACAGUUAUUUCCGCUAUUGUCAUCUGCAGAAGCCCAUACUCGAUACAUCGUUACAUACGCCAAGUUACGUCCGUUCUCGCUCGGCAUACCUCUUUACGGUAAUUCUCAUGGUUGGCGCGAUAGCCUUGGCCACGUUGCCAGUCUCAUCGCCAAAGCAAUGUCAGAGGGCAAAUCAUUUACACGCCCAUGCAGAAAAAUUGCAGUCAGUAUUAUGUGCAACUGCUGCAAAAUCGACAGAGAUUGUACAAGCAGAAAUGCUUUUUAUCGAAUGGUGUCUUCGCAAGAAUCGAUUGGUUGAUGACCAGCGAUGGGCACGCAUGGGUUGGGCUAGUCGCUUGACAGCAUCAAUUGGUUUACAACAUGCCGAUUCGAGAUCAUCGGAAGAUCUGGCGAACGAUGAAUUGGCGAAGAACGACUUUAGGCUGAGAGUUGCUCUUAUACUGUUUGAGAGCAGGUGGGAGGCUAUUGCUGAUAGGAAGUCCGUCUCACCUGAUGUAUCGGAAUUAUCUAAAGCGGAGCUAGAGAGGUUAGGUCGAUGUGGGCCGUUCGAUCCCGAGGCUGUUUUCGCCGCAGAUUAUGCUUUGUAUCAAUUUGAAGUGGACUCAAAGGAACGACUCUCGCGGUUAUCGAAAGAUUCCUCAAUGGGCUUCGAAGCCGAGAAGAUUUGGAUCUCCACUUUUCUCACAGCUUGGGAAGACCGCUGGUUAUCGCCUCAUUCCGAUUCGCUCACACGAUGGCAGUAUCGUUACGUCUCGCUUCGAUCACGGCUAGUUGGUCUCCUUCGGAUCUCCAAGGCUCAAUUCCCUCGCGACAAAUGGACGCCGAACACGCGUCACGAACUUUUGGGACUAGCUGUCCAGAUGCUUGAAGGGGCAUUGUGCCAUGAGAGAGCUUUGCAUAUGAUUGGCAGAACAUCGGCUCUUGUCUUCGCAGCUACUAUAAUACUUCAGCUAACGGAUCCAGAAGCCGGGAGUAGGGAUCUCAUUCUAAGGGUCGCUUUGAGGCUGGCAGGGGACCCCAAUCAGGAUCUGAUGACUUAUGAGAAACAUAAUGGGUUUCAAUUGAUAAACAUGUUAUGUCUCAGCUCGAUAGCCAGGCGCACUGGAUACUCCACAGUGGUAUCAACUGCAAAUCAACCCCCGAGCACAUUUGUGAACCCUCAAACAUCCAAUGUCCUGCCGAACAUAGCAGAGUCAUCUUCGACUCCACAAACAGACCCCUCCUCCACGACGGCUGCAGCUGCUGUAAGCGCCAACUCCUUUGCUUGGGCGGACUUCGAGCAAUUUCUUGGCAAUUCCAGAAUCGAGUUUCCUUACUUUCCCACAUCCACUUCAUUGCCAGGUAAUCCUAAUUUUCUGGGGGGUGGCGCCAACUCAGUUUUGAACUUUGGGUCCGCAGCAAUGUUCACACCCAACCGCUCAAGCCAAGAUGGGGCAAUGAAUGGUUCCGACGUUCAACUUGGAGUUGAUGAAGCUUUCGGAUAUCCGUUUUUCAACGCCGAUGGGACCAGGGGGGAUUACAUGGAAUACACAAGCUCAGCUGUGGACAGUUAG